UGUCAGAGGCUGUUUGUGUCCACUUCAUCAGGCAUGGUGUCAGACAUGGAGAGGAUCAUUGAGAGCGUCCUCCAAGGCGACCAGGACUCUGUCCAGCUCCUACUGGACAGCUACAACACCCAGUAUGCAGAAUGCUUCUUUUUCAAUAAUGAGGUACAGGAGAGAAAAAAGCAACGACAAUUAGAGGAGUUUAGGGAGAACAAAGUGAGGGACUAUGCUCCCAAUUCUGAUUCUGACUCGGAUGACGAUGAGCCCGACCUUCUUCUUCGACAGCGUCUGGCCACAGCCCUGCUGUGCUUCAUCAGCAGCCGGCUGCAGCCAGCAGUGUUACGGGUUUGCCUGCACACACUGCGUAUCCUGUCCCGGGACCGGCAAGCCCUAGGGCCCAUGGUCACUGAUAGCGCCCUUUUCACCCUGGCACACCUGGGAGGAAUCAGUUUACAACAGGCGUGCCCACAGCAGGAGGAGGAGUCAGCAGACAGAACACACAGCCAGAGCUACAGAAGAGCAGCGAGUACUGAAGAGGAUGCUAAACCACGAUCUGUUAACCCUGUGAAUUUGGAUUCUACUCAUGUGGCAGUAGAGGGCUCUGCCACCAUAAAUGGCUCAGUUCAUCACUGCCAUAAGUGGAGAGGUGACGGAGGUCAUGUGGUGCUCGCCCGUGGGAAGAAAGACACACGGGAAGAGAACAGUGAAGAGGAAGAGAAGGAGGAGGAUGAGGAGGUGUGUAGGAAGGAGGCCAUGAAAGUCUUGUGUAAUGUCAUCUACAACAGUCCCAGGGCACAGGAGAGGGCCAGCGCACUAAGUCUUCUGCAAGGCCUGUGGGUGAGUCUGAAGCAGGGGACCUGGAGCAGGGCGCCCUCCAGUGCCCAGUUUUACAAGCUGAGACUGCUCUUCUUACUGACUGCUCUGAGGCCUGAGCUCAGGCUUCAGCUACAGCAGGAACGAGGGGUGUCAGUGCUGACCAAAGCCCUCGAGCAGUGCCUGGCUAUAAGGUGGGGUGAGGGGUACGAGGUGCUUUCUGACAGCACGACUCCGAUGUCCAAGGAGAUGUCCCAGGACGUGGUUGAGAUCCUUAAGACCCUCUUCAACAUCGCUCACAAGUUACACAGGCAGGAACCAGAUGAGGAGGAUGCUGCACUGUAUCGCCACCUAGUGGCUGUGCUGCGCCACUGCCUGCUGCUGUCGUGUGAUGGAGAAGACACGUUGGAGGAAGUCCAAGGACAUACAGUAAACAUCCUGUCAGCACUGCCACUGACAUGUCUGGAUGUCCUGCUAUCAGUUCGUGUGGACGAGGCGUCCCACAAGUGGGAAGGAGUCAACAUGGACUGUGUCCACACAUUGCUGCUGUUUAUGGACAGACGCCUGAACAGGGGUCAGCGGCUGAAGGAGAAACUGACACCUGUACUGAAUCUGCUGACUGAGAGUUCUCGGGUACACAGGGAGACACGUCACUACUUACGGCACAAGAUCUUACCUCCACUGAGGGACGUUGCCAUCCGACCGGAGCAGGACAACACACUGAGAGGCCAGCUGGUCCGCCUGAUGACACAUGUUGACACAGAUGUAAAGCACUGUGCUGCUGAGCUGCUCUUUGUACUCUGCAAAGAGAAUGUCCGUCGCUUUGUCAAAUAUACGGGAUACGGCAAUGCUGCCGGGCUGCUGGCGGCUCGGGGACUGCUGACUGGCAGGAGGAACUCAAGCGCCGGCCAGCGUGCUUCCCAAUACUCCAGUGAUUCAGACUCCGACACAGAGGAGUACCGGGAGGCCAAAGCCAGGAUUAACCUGGUGACAGGCCGGGUGGAGGCAGAACAGCCUGACCCAAUGGAGGGUAUGACUGAAGAAGAGAAGGAGGAGGAGGCCCGUCGCCUCAUCGGCAUGAUCAACAGACUGUCACGAGACCAGAUCAUUCAGCCAAUGGCUCUGACAGCAGAGGGGAGGCUGGCUCCACUCUGGGGCCAGAUGAGGGCCGACACACUGGAAGAAGAAGAGGAAGAUUCAGAAGAGGAUUUGGAUCAGAUAGAAUAGACACAUGAUACAUGUACAAUGGUACUAACUAACACGUAGGGACUAUACAACUUGCUGUAGUGCAAUUAAUUUCCUGCUAUACUCACACAUCUGUUAAUGCAGAUGCUACAGCAUAUGGCUGCAAGUAUAACCAUCAUUCACAGAAUAACACUGUUUUAAAUGGACAGGUUAGUAUGAAUAGUCACGCUACACAUAAAAUUUAAAAAACUUUGAGCUGUGAACUAAACCCUGACCUAUUAGAGAUCAGCCAGUGUCUGCUGUCUACUGUAAAAUACAGAAAAAUAAAUAUUUAAGAUCAGGCAAACCUAUGUGACCAGUGGUGGAAUGUAACUAAGUACAUUUACUCAAGUACCGUACUUAAGUACAAUUUUGAGGUACUUGUACUUUACCUGAGUAUUUCCAUUUUAUGUAACUUUAUACUUCUACUUCACUACAUUUUAAGGGCAAAUAUUGUACUUUUUACUCCACUACAUUUAGCUGACAGCUGUAGUUACUUUUCAGGUCGAGAUUAAACAUAAAACAUGAUAAAUUUAAAGUGAUUAGACAUGUUUAUGAAUUUAACCACAAAAAAUAUAUUAAAUAGUUAAAAUGAGCCCUACAUUGACAGUAAAAACAUUCCAGUCCAUUCUGCAUAACAAGUACUUUUACUUUUGAUACUUUAAGUACAUUUUCAUGCUGAUACUUUUGUACUUUUUCUUCAGUAAGUUGUGAAUGCAGGACUUUUACUUGUAGUGGAGUAAUUUCACAGUGUGUUAUUAGUGCUUUUACUGAAGUAAGGGACCUGAAUAUUUUUUCCACCACUGUAUGUGAAAAUACAUAUAACCUUAUGAAAUUUUCACCCGUUUAAAACAUAAACUGUAUUUAAAGUUGGACUCCCCAAAAGUGAAGCCAAAAAUGCUUGAGUGCCCCUUGUGGCCAGCAUUGUGUACAAAGGCUGAGUCCCUGCUGCAGUGGCUGUGAGUUUAAUUCAGUUUUUAUACAUAUUAAAUACAUUUUCCCAAAAGAUGGUUUCUAUCAUUUUAGGUUUUUCUGAACAGGCUGUCGAUGUUCAAGUGUUCCUUUUUCUUGCUUUUAAUAGUUUGUGAGAUUUUAUUUUAUAAAGAGGCUUGUUCAGAUUGGGUCAGGUGGUUAUUUGAGUGGAACUUAAUACCGAUGUAUUAAAAAAAGAACAUUUAAACAGUAUUAAGCCUGUGAGAA